AGAAAAUAACAAUCAGUCCGAUCAGUCGUACCUUAGCCAUAGAACGAGCGGGUACCUUUUGGGUUCCGUGUUAUUCGCAUUCGCCAACUUUCCAUCGAGUAAUUCGAACAUUGUGUGACGUCAUUGGGCAGUUAACAUUACAAUAUCCGCGUGUUUCCAUUACGGGGUGCUACACUUUGCUAUAGAUGAUUUUCGUUGAUGUUUGUUAACAUUUUCACUGGUCCUUCUUUUGUGUUUAUCUGUUUGGUUUAGUGCUGAUCGAAACUUUGUCUGCUUCCUGGUUAACCUUCGAUAAAUCAUUUGUUUUUUUUGCGACUUGCGAUUAUUGAUUUGAAAAUAAUGAUCAACCAGUAGCUGCCAACAUGCUGCAUUAUGGGAGUUCCGCUCCAACUGAUGAUAGGUCUAUUUCUAAUACUGGCAGUAUGUAGUCCUACUGGUCAGCUAAGUUUACGCCAUACCCGAGAAGCACCACUUUUACAACCUGAACCAGCACGCAAUGUAACCGAAAUAAACAACAGGGACCUGAACAAAAUAGUGAAAGCAAACCCAAAGACUGAAAAAGUAGAUCUAAAAUCUAAACCUGUAAAUAAUGUAAAUAGUUUUGAAGACUUUCCGCUCAUCAAACUAGGCAGUUCCAAUGAGGAUAAUUAUGAAACUACAAAUGUAAAUGAACGGGAGAAAGAUGAAAGCAUCGCUCCUUUCAAACUAGCUGGAGAUAAGCCCAGGGAAGACAAUUCAAGGGCCAUUGAAUUCAACUCUUCCCAGCUAUGGGCUUCGGAUUUUCAUGACAAAAUUGAUGUUCUUGCGCCUAAAUUACCUGCAAGGGAUAAUUCGUUUGAAGUAUCUGACCUGCCUGAAAAUGUAGAGAAAACUCCUGAAACCACUCCAUCAAUAGCUAAAGUUUCAGAACCAACAUUUAAAGAAACUAUUGACAGUGUCGACCAGGAACUGGACAACUUUGAGAAGGAUGAGGAUGAUGAUGAUGAUACGGAAGCUGUUGAUGUAAAUUUAUCGGUGGAGCAUUUGCAAAAGCAUCCUUCCGAACCUUCGACUGUUGAAUACGAAAACGAUAAGGGCAUAGUCAAUAAUGAAACCGUUGACACAAACAUAGUGCACAAGAAUAUCAGUAUCGAACAUACAAGAACGCUACAAGUAGACUUAGAAAGCAGUUUCACAGAUACAAAAGGAGAAGGCAACGGCGAUACAAUAAAUGCGACCACUGUACUUCCAUUGCCUACCACUAGAAAGAGCUUUCACCUUAAAGAUGUCGUCAUAGAAAAGAGCAAUACUCCGGUUUUGAACAACAACAUUGAGACUGAAAUUGGAGAUUCUGUUAAGGACACAUCGACAACCACCCCUUCAAACACUAUUUUGAAAUUCAAAGGAGAAGCAAAUGAGAGAAAGGUAAUUACAACCACUUCUCGGGAAUUCCAAGACCGCAAAACCACUGACAUAGUUCGAAGAGAAUCGCAAACAACAACACCCAAGAUCUCUGCUACCACCAAUGUGCUCAGCUCAAUCAACAGUAAUAUUUCGGACCAAGAAAACAUUAUUCCUCAUGUUUGCAGUUCAACAAAGUCAACAUCUUCUGAAGACAUACGAACAGUUACUGAGUCCACCAACGCUCUCCAAAAUCGUCUCAGAUCGAUUAUCGAUGAUGGCGACAAAGUUACAACGGGAACAACCACGGCUAUAAGCACUUCUGAAGCUGAAGUAACUACAGACACAACUAUUAUCAAUACUGUAUCAUCUGAUGCAAGUACUGCUGAAAAUUUGCAAGAAGGCACUACAUCUUUUGUCAUAGAAAAUGACACUGAACCUUCGGAUUUUACAACGGAAUAUUUUGCAACCACCACAGUAAUACCAGUUGGUGAAUCUACUUCGGAAAAUACGGUCAGAACUUCCAAGGGCUUUGAGUUCUUAGAAACUACAACAGAGACUGGAAAAGGAUUGGAAACUACAACGGAAAUAUAUGUUGAACAUGUAAAAAGCACCAUUAAAAAUGAGCUGGAUAGUACUAAACUUAAUAAUGGAACGUCUAUUGAAAAACUAGGCGGAUCAGAUCAACUUGAGGUCACUAUCAGAACCAUUGAGGCGGUAGCAGAGAGCACUAAUCCAGCUAUGAGUGAAAAAACGACUAUUAAUGUCAACAGUGUGGAUGAGGAGGCUUCCACACAAGAAUCUACUUUAGCUGGAGUAACUGAAUCUAAAGCAAAUACUAUUGCUGCUUCUGAAAAUCCAGCAACGAACACUGUUAGUGCCGAGCCUACAUCAKCGACUACAAGGACAACUGAUCAAUCAACACCAGCUACAACAGAGUACAAAUUCAUUCAYAUUGAGGAUAGCGGAAAUAUGCAUACUACUCUACUGCCUGAGGUGCUCAAUCCCAAUUUUAAUUAUUCAACUUCCAAGUCACCAGACGAAGAAAUKUCGGCAAGAAAUGUACCGAUUAAUCCCGCAACUGAAGUCAGCUCUUCUCCUAGUACAACCUUAAGUGAUGCGAAUGGGGAACCGGUUACAGUUGAUAGUACAACCGAAGAUAGUGCUGGUAUUGUACCAACGGAUUCGGGAUAUAUUAAAGAGGAUGAAGAUGGAAACUACAAGGGAAAAGUAGCUGCAAUUGCUUUGUCUUGUGUGGGAGCGGUUUGCUUAAUUGUACUAGCAGGCUUACUGUAUGUAAUGAAGAAACGGCAAAAGCGCUUGAAUUAUGGACCAAGAUGCAGACCAGUUAGUUUAGAUGACUACAGUAUUGACAAUCUUUCAGUUUACAGCAGUGUGAGACGAAAAGGUGGAGCGAGGCAAUCGAAACGAUCGUUUGGGAAUCCCGCAUUUGAAGAUCCGGUUGCUCCCACUCAUCCGCUAAAUUUUACAGCCUUGGCUAAGUUUUCCGCUAAUUUAGAAGACAUCAGAGCAGAGUAUGAGGAUAUCCCACAAAUUACGGCUCGAAAUUCUGAGCUUCCGGAUGGAUGCGAUACUAAAAAUCGGUACUCUAAUGUAAUUCCGCUUCCAGAAACUCGAGUUUUUUUAACACCGAUUGAUGGUUAUCCUAAUAGUGAUUAUAUAAAUGCAAAUUAUGUUACGGGUCCCAGCAACAUCAAAGGAUAUUACAUAGCAACACAAGGCCCAAUGCAAAAUACGGUUGAUGAUUUUUGGAGAAUGGUUUGGGAGCAACAAACUAAAGUAAUUUUAAUGCUGACGCAUUUGGUGGAAAACGGUUUGGAAAAAUGCGCGGAUUAUCUUCCAGAGUCAGAAGUCCUGGACUGUAGCAGGGUUUUUGGAGAUUUCCAGAUAACACUGAAGAAACGCGAAGUGAAGGAGAAAUAUAUUAUUUCAAGCUUACAAUUGAAGAACAUGGUAUCAAACAGUUGGAGGGACGUGACCCAUUUCUGGUACUUAGGAUGGCCAGAAAAAGGAGUACCAAGCGAAGCCAACUCAUUAAUAGCUUUCCUAAUUGAAGCUAGAAGCUACAUGAAAGCUGUUACCACAGACAAUAAAAAUGGCCUGAAUGGAAUACAUAAUGCAACACAGAACGAACAUAAUCCUGUUGUUGUGCAUUGCAGUCCUGGAACAGGACGCACAGGCGUGGCAAUGGCCUCAGAUAUUGCAAUAAGAGAAUUCGAAACAACAAGAUUGGUAGAUAUUCCGAAAAUUGUCUACAGGAUACGAAGAGAUAGAGCGAACGCUAUCCAAACCAAGGAGCAAUAUAUAUUUAUUUAUAAGGUGGUGAGUUUAUACGCUACCAAACUGACAGGAGGAGCAAUGGAAAAUUUGUAAUUUAAAAAUAAAAUAAUUCGCUGUGUCAAUUUAGGUAGUUGAAGAAAAUAAAUCAAUAUAAAAUGCUGUAUAUUUAUAAUACAUAUAGUAUGCAUCCAAAUGUAAAUAAUUAAAGUAACUAGAUAUAAUCUUUUAGUUGAGCUAGAAAUCAUUACCCUGUAACGAAAUUAAACUUACAUUUCCUUUUCAUUUCAACUCGAUGUUAUUAUAUCGGAAUAGAUUAUAAUCUUGUGUGUGAUUUCCACAUAGUGUGUGCGUGUGUGUGAGUGAUUACCUAUAUGUGAUAUGUCUAUAUUAGUUAAGAAAAAUUUAUUAUUUUGUUUACGCUUAAUUUYAAGUGAGACAUUAUGUUUAAACCAUGUCUGUUGGAAAAAAUUUCAAUUAAAUGUAUAUAAUGAUUAAAUCAGUUUGAUUUUU